AUGUUCCGUCAAGUCUUGGUCGACCAACGUCAUAGAAAAUGGCAAAAAAUUCUUUGGCGUGAAGCUUCCGACGUUCCUCUACAAAUAUACGAAUUGACAACGGUGACGUAUGGAAUGACUUGUAGUCCAUUCAAUGCGGUACGAGCGCUGCGUCAAUGUACGCAGGAUAAUUGUAAGGCCAUCAGUGAACCCAGCCGGGCUGCCGCAGCGCAACAUAGCAUCCUUUAUAAUUUUUACGUAGACGACUAUCUGGACAGUGUCGAUACGUCCGAACUAGCAAUCACGCGGGCACAAGAUGUGGAGACCAUCUUGAAGCAAGGUCAAUUUGUGUUGGGGAAAUGGAACUCCAACUGCUCACACACGCUUGCUACCAUCACUGGUUCGACAAUGUCUGCAUCCGAGCUGGAGUUGAACUAUUCAGCGACGAAGGUACUCGGUUUGCAUUGGGAUCCGUUGCAUGACGAGCUCUUCUUCACGGUACGGGGGUUCGACGAGUCAGCGAUGCCUACCAAACGGACAGUGCUUAGCGACGUAGCUAGAUUGUAUGAUCCGACUGGCUUAUUGGCACCGGUUGUCAUUGUGGCAAAACUCUUUAUCCAGGAUCUGUGGAAGGCGGGAUUGCAGUGGGAUUCGGCACUGCCACCGGACCUGCUCAAUGCUUGGUUAAUAUUCCGCAACGGGUUAGCGGACAUUUCACGACUUCGGAUUCCACGUUGGCUAGGCAUGCGUGCCGAUUCGAUGGUGAGGCUCCAUGGUUUCUGUGAUGCUAGUCGUAAGGCAUAUGCAGCUGCGGUGUGUGUCCAGACGGUGGAUCACAAUGGUAAUUCAGGUGCAGUUCUGGUUGCUGCAAAGACGAAGGUCGCUCCGGUCAAGGAAGCGACCAUACCACGCCUUGAGCUAUGUGGUGCCCACCUACUUACAAUCACUAUGAACCACGUCCGCCAGGCUCUUGAUCUACAAGAUGUCCCUUGCAUAUAUUGGUGCGAUUCAACUGUUGUAUUAUGCUGGAUCCGCAAGGCACCUUCAGCUUUCAAACAGUACGUUUCGAAUCGAGUCGCUUUCAUCCAGGCCAAUUCGGAUGUAAAUUCCUGGAACCACAUCCGAUCGGAGCUUAAUCCGGCGGAUUGCGCAAGCAGGGGCUUGGCGCCAUCUGGUCUAGAAAGUCAUCGACUUUGGUGGGCCGGACCGACAUGCAUCCAUCAACACACAACCGUAGGAUCGGAACCAGUUACGAUGACGGAGGAAGACCAGCACAUUUUUAGAUCCGAAUCUCGCCCUUUGUAUACGCUAGUAUCUCGUGUUGACUGCCAGUGGCUCAUGACAUCAGGUGACGGUAAUCGUGUACCUCUCAUAGAGAGGUUUAGCACGUUGGGGCGUCUUCUCAACACCACGGCGCGUCUUAGACGCAUACUACCGUUAUUUCGAGGCAACAGAGGGGUUGUGGUCUCCGCCGAAGAGCAGAACUGGGCGCUGGUCUUACACAUUCGUCAGGCACAAGGUAAUACUUUCAAACAGGAAAUUAAAGCACUUGUAUCUAAUUCCAGAAUUGAGGGUCGCAGUCCACUUCGACCCCUAAACCCGUUUCUGGAUGAAAAUGGAAUAUUGAGGGUUGGCGGCCGACUAACCAACGCUGACAUGAGUAACGAUCAGCGACACCAAAACAUAGUCCCACGCGGCACUCUAGCAGAUUUGAUGGUCGCAGAUGCACAUCAGCGCUGCCUUCAUGGUGGCAUACAGCAGAUGCUCCAGUUUCUCCGACAACGUUUUUGGCUCAUAUGUGCGCGGGCCCAGGUAAAAUCUUACAUCUGGAGGUGCACCGUAUGUCGUAGACAUCUGCAAAUUAUGCAGCGUCAACAGAUGGCGUCGUUACCAAAGGAACGUGUCCUUGUUGCACCACCAUUUUACCGCAGUGGCUUGGAUUACUGCGGCCCCUUCCAUGUUCGAGUUGGCAGCAAGCGCUCAGCAGUUACGACAAAAACCUAUGCAGCCAUUUUCGUUUGUAUGGCAUCGCGUGCAGUUCAUAUUGAGCUGGCAGAAGACUUGAGUACACAAGCAUUUAUAAACGUGUACGACCGCUUCGUGAGUCGACGAGGCAUCUGCGCUACCUUAUACAGCGAUAAUGGUACUCAGUUUAUUGGUGCGAAUCGACAAAUGCAGGAGGAUUUACAGGCAUGGGUGAACGUGUUUGCACAACAACACCUGGUGGCUGUAGGAACCCACUGGAAGUUUAUUACACCAUCGUCACCUCAUCACGGUGGCCUUUGGGAAGCAGCGGUGCGUUCUGCCAAAAAGCAUCUAUUGCGAGUCAUGGGUCGUCAAACAAUGCGCUUCCCCGAGCUCUACACUCUUUUGACGCGUAUAGAAGCCUGCCUCAACUCACGGCCAUUGCUGGCUUUAUACGAUGACCCAGAAGGUGGUGUAGCGCUCACUCCGGGUGAUUUCAUUAUUGGCCGCCCGUUGAAUUGUCGUCCGGAACCUCCAUUACCAGAAGUUCCAGGAAAUCGAAAAAUGUCUACGAGACGUAGUAGAGUGACUGGACGGAACAGGUGGACUUUUGCAGAAAUCCAUGCUCUGACUGAUGAAGAAAUCGACGAUUUGAUGGCUGGAGACCCGGAAGAGUUUGAGUCGGAUUUUGAAGACGAUGGUAAAGGUAUAUUUGAAGACAGCGAUGAUAGUGUUGACGAUCCAGAUUAUCAGCCAGAAAUUGAAGAGCUUGAUUCUGAAAAUAACGGUAGCACUUUAGUGGAAGAAAUUUCCGCCGAAUAUGAAGCACAAAUUUCACGAUGUAAAGUGGGAGAGCCAGGUUAUGAUACACAAUUCAACAUUCGUCCAAUUAUUGGUCAUCUAAAUCAACGCUUUGCUAUGGUUCCGAAAAAGCCACGUUUGUGUGUAGAUGAGCAAAUGUGUGCUACUAAGAUGCAUUCACGUUUUCGACAAUAUCUGCCUAAGAAGCCACACAAAUGGGGAAUGAAAUUAUUCGUUCCAUGCGAUUCUGAUGGUUACGCGUACAGAUUUGAGCUUUUCCAAAUUUAG